AUGACCCCCGGUAUGGUAAAGUCCUCGAGUUUACGGGCGCGCCACACUUCGCGGAUCAAGAAAAGGUGCCACGGAGCAAAAGAUACGGAAGAAACAGUAAGAAAAAGAAGAAAAGACAGCGUUGGGCCGACUUCCGGCUUGGCCGGCCUGCUCCCGCCUCCACCUGGGCCGCACCCGGCCGCCUGGCGCCAGGCCGGCUACUGGGCUGAAGCCGGCUCGCCCCCGCUCCGUUCCAGGCCAGGUGCGCCCCGGUUGGGCCGCCUCGCUCUCUUUGGGCCGCCUGGUGUAUACGCGGCCGCCUCUGGCGAUGGCCGGCUCGCGCCCUCGCUCGAUCGAGCGGGUCGCCAGCUGCUCCCUACUCCACGCGCAUACACGGCCGGCCGCUCCGUUCCUGGCCGGUUCCACGUAUCAUCCAGCUGCUCCAGCAUCCAGCUUCAUCUGACCAAGACCGGCUCCAACUCUCCAUGCAACGUACCAGCUGCAUUUCAUGCAAGGCCACCAGCUGAGGAUCUCCACUGGCGCCGGCCGGAGUUCGUCCGGACGGGACCCUUCCUCAUCAUCAUCACCGCCGCGGCCUUCAACGCCGCUGGCAUUGCCGCCCUCUUCGGGCACGGAUUCACCGCCGCGGCCUUCAACGCCGCCGGCAUCGCCGCCCUCUCCGGGCACGUCUUCACCGCUGUUGCGGCCCUCUCUGCCGCGGCCCUCGCCGCCGGGAGCCACCCUCACCAUCAUCGCCGUUGCCGCGGGCUGCGCCCCCGCCGCACCCUCUUCAUCAACAUCACCUCUGGCGUGCGCUCGUGGUCGCGGGUGCGCACCAAGAAGCGAGCCAACAUGCUGUAUGCGGGUGCGCGCGUGGGCAGCAGCAGCAGCGCCCGGUUCGCCGGCGCCGGCGAGCAUCGCAUGAGCAGCGGCCGGCAGCACCGUCCGUGCCCCAGCACCUCCGUCGACCUCCGUCCCACGCUCAAUAAGCAGCGGCAUCCCCCAACGCUCAUGCAUGGGAACGCGUACCAAGCAGCGGCAACCAAGCAAGCAGACGCACGAGCGGCCAUGGGCCUACUCGUGCGCGCGACACAACCGCGCCACGCCGCGCAGCCCUCUCCAGCUGCGCGCCCACGUCCGCAGCACCCCCUCGCUCCAGCGCCUUCUCCACUCGCGCCCAAGCGCGUCCUGGUCAGCGCGGCCGACCGCGCCACGCCCGGCUCCGCGCUGUCGACUACCCUUGCGCGGCGCCCCUCCCUCGCGAGCCGCCGGCUUCGCUACCGCUUGCCGGCUCCGCAUCAACCUGGGCUCCCGCAGCACAUCCUCCGGCUGCCACGGCCAUCGCCGACUCCGAGCGCCGCACCUCCGCCUAUCGCCGCAAUACCACCGCCCUCGCGCGGCGGCAGCAAGACGUAG